AGAGGUAGAGUUAGAGUAGAGACAGAAAGGUCUUCCAUCUGUUGGUUCACCCCCCAAAUGGCCGCAGUGGCCGGAGCCGCGCCCAUCCGAAGCCAGGAGCCUCUUCCGGGUCUCUCUUGCGGCUGCAGGGACGCACGCACCUGGGCCAUCCUCCACUGCCUUCCCAGGCCACAGCAGAGAGCUGGACUGGAAGAGCAGCAGCUGGAACUAGAACCGGCGCCCCUGGCCGCAGGCGGAGGAUUAACAUAUUGAGCCUCGGAGAAGGCCCCCAGAUAAGUUGCUUUGUGUGACAGCUCCUCCCGGUGUUUCUUAGAACUCGCCAGAAAGCGGGACCACACUUUGGAGUGACAAAGGCCCUUAACAGAACGGGAAAUAGUGCAGACUUGGCCAGGGGCGAAGGAAUCCAAAUGAUAGGGCGAGGAAAGGGGCGGCGGCCUUGGUCUCACCAAGGAGGGGCUGAGGCAGCAUGUGACACUCUGGCUUGGCCUCUUGCAGCCACGUGGUGAAGGGAAGGAGCCAGUGGAGGCGCCCCAGUGCCCAGUGGGAAGGUGGCGGGGGUGAGGUGGAAUGAAGGUGUGUCUAUGGCGCGUCGGACACUGGCGCCCUCAGUCCCCGCCACUCAUAGGCCUGCGACUCCAAAGCGAGCAUCGCGUUCUGUACGGGUAUCGUCAUUGGUGGGCGGGCCAGGCGCCACCCUACCCUGGGCUUUUUAUUGGUCAGGUCAAAAAAAUCGCGCGAGAGUCACCUAGCAGCCUCCUUCUGAUUGGCUGAUUCCUGCUCAGGUCAAUCCUUCCCCUUCUCUUGCUCUGAGGCAGCCAUGUUUGGUAUUGGGAUACAAAUCUUGACAUUCUUCUGAGGUCACUUCACAAUAAGAUGCUACUCUCCUCCGCCAUCAUCCCCUCCCAACCUGGUAUUCCAGUUAAUAAAAAUGCGCUCUUGUCUUCACAAAACGGGUGUGUUAUGAUAGUGUCAGAAGUCUGCGUUUAGGUGACCGGAGGGGAAGAGGUGCCCUUUUCCGUCCGCAAUCUUCUAAUCCAGCAAACAGAUUUAGUUCUGACUCCCAUUCUCCAGUUGAGUGACGGACUCGGGUCCCAGGCAGCCCGAGAAGCUUUUUAGUCUUUUGAUCCCUCGCAGCCCCUGUAGCGUCCCUAGUUACCGCGCCCCUAGUAACCGCCGGCUGUAAGCGAGGAGCCGCCGGGUCUCCCGGGCCGCGCCAGCUUACCCGCCCCGGGCCAGCGCUGGCGCUCCGGCCUCGGAGGCGGGUGAUGGCCGCCUCACACCGAGAGGCCAGGCUGGCGGCCGCCAGUCUCCAACUCCCGGUAAAUCCCAACACCGGAGCGCGGGUCGCCCAGUACGAACGCGAAGACCCCUUCACUUCCCUGACGGCAGCGGCGGCGGCCUCGGAGGAUGAAGACGACUACAAAGUUGUGCGGCCUGAGCGAGUGGCGGUUGAUUUUAACACCAACUUCUCUGGGGUGGAUAGUGGUAUGAGCUAUGAGGACUUUGUAAACUUUUCUGACAUUUACCACUCCAAUGACGAGUAUUUCAGGAAACUAGAUGAGCUGAAGGCUGCCCACAUGGAAACUAUGGCAAAAUUAGAGAAACUGUACCACAAUAAAUUAAAUUUAAAGGAUGUUCAGCCAGUGAUCGUCAGGGAAGAUGUUCCCAGUGUCUCUUCGAGCUCUGUCUCAGAAAAGAACUACUAUCACCCUAUCUCCUUAAUGACAUCACUUUCAGAGCCUGAUUUAGGCCGUUCUUCUUCGUACACGUCUUCUGAAGAGGAGUUGCCCAACCUAGAAAAAGACUCUCCCAGGAAAACCAGAGUGAUGUCCUAUGCCAAGGAGCUCAUCAACAACAUGUGGACAAACUUUCAGGUUAAAGAUUAUAUUCAAGGUGAAGAUGCUCACUUUCAAGCAGUUGGAAAACCAAGGAGGAGACCAAAAGAAUGGGUGCCAAGGAUCACAGUACCUCAGCCUUUUCAAAUGAUGAUCAGAGAACAGAAGAAAAAAGAGACCAUGAAAUCUAAAUCAGAUAUUGAAGUUGUACAUAAACUGCUCAAAAAACAGGAAGAAGAGAAGGAGUUUAAGAAGUUCCGGGCCAACCCAGUCCCUGAAUAUGUCUUUCUCCCCCUUUAUCGUGACAUCGUCAAGCAGAAUGAAGAACGGAGGAGGAGCACGAAGGAGAAAAACAAAGAAGCUCUGUUGGCUUCACAAAAGCCAUUUAAGUUUAUUGCAAGAGAGGAACAGAAGCAGGCGGCCCGGGAAAAGCAACUGAGAGACUUUUUUAAGUCUAAAAAGAAAACACAUAGAUUUAAAGCCAGACCAGUACCUCGAUCUAUUUACAGUUCAAUUGCUAGUGACAAGUUAAAAGAGGAAGAUCAGCAUAGGAACUUCAGGGCUCCGACGAGAGCCCAGGAGCUUGUACAGAACUCCUCCCCGCUGUCUCUGAAGCCAGCUUACAGACGCUUCAGGAGCCCUGGGCAUCCUGCCCAGGCUGUGCUGCUGAAGCACAAGGCGAGGAGCCAGCCUCCUGACUACGAAGACUCGCCCAAGACGUAUCUGAAACUGCCCUCGGAGUACCAGGGCUCGAAACUCCUGACAGACUACGGACCAUUUGAUGUUCAGCCGUCCUCCAGUGCCAUUAAAAGAGAGACAGUCUUGGCAGACAUUAAAGCAGAUGAAGAAAACUUAAAAGAAACACGUUGGCCUUACAUGUCCCCAAGAAGGAAGUCACCAGUGAAGAGUGCAGGUUCAAAGCGCAUGCCCUGUAACUGCAACCCUCCGAUGCCCACGGCCUCUUCCAGAGCCCGAGGAGAAGCCAUCAGGAGAUCACUUGAGGAAAAGAAAAUGUUGGAAGAAGAGAGAAAUCGGCUCCUAACUAAGCAGAAGCAAAGAAUGAAAGAAAUGCAGAAACUCCUGACAACCCGGGCUAAGGCUUAUGACUCACAUCAAAGUUUAGCUCAGAUGUCUAAAUCCAGAGUUAAAUAUCUCAGAAAGAGUGAAAAGGAAAGAAUGAGACAAUACCGACAAGAACUAGAAGAAAGAGAAGAAAAAUUAAAAAUGAGGCCACUACUCUUUGAAAGAGUUGCUCAGAAAAAUGCAAGGAUGGCAGCAGAAAAGCAUUAUUCUAACACCCUAAAAGCACUAGGAAUAUCUGAUGAGUUUGUUUCAAGGAAAGGCCAAAGUGGAAAAGUACUUGAGUGCUUCGCCAAUGAAGAAUCGCAAAGUUUCAGUGAAGAUAAAGAAAGCCUUCAUGAAGAAGAAAAAAUAGAAGAAAGAGAGAAUGGGGAAGAAAGUUAUUUUGUUGAUGCCAACAGUCAGGAUUCUUGCAAGGAAGAAGCUGAAGCUGAAGAAGAAAGUGAAGAGAAACCUGCUGAGGAAUAAAACUGAGGAAUCAUGCAGCGAGCUCUCUGCAUACUGUUUGCAGCAUCAGGGCUGUCGCAGCCACAUUUGUGACGUUGAGAACAUCCAUGGAGACAACUCAGAUAUGUGCGGAGCUGUUGAGCAAAGACAUCUGUAGCCUAGGAGUGCUGCAUCUGGCUGAUUGGUCAUUUGGUCACUUAGAGUAAGGCUUGGCCCAUUCAUUUUUUACAGUUGCUACAUUUGGUCUGUUUGCAACUCUGAUCUUGUAUUUAAAAACAGAGACUCACAGCUGUCACCAACUGAUUAGCUGUCAAAAUACACAUUACUUCGUUAUUGUCAGUGGAAAAACAUGGCUUAGUAUUGAGAGCAGAAAAACGUGUUGGCCUUUGGUGACUGACCUUUUAAAAAAUUCUGGAAGGCAUGAAUCAAUAAAUAUUUUAAAUUAUAAAUGUUGCCCAUUCUUUUUCUCUACACUGCAUUUCACAAAAUGAGCUCUCAAGCUUGUGUUGCUACAUAUUUUAAGUUUUUUAUCUGAGCCAUUUUUAAAAAGGAAUAAAAGGGGAAAAUAGACAUGCAAAUUUACAUUCAUUUCUGCACUGAGAGUUUACUCCAUACCAUUAUGAUUUUCUCUUUUUUUAGCUCUAGUUUUUGUCUAAAUUAUUUUAAUAUGUAAGUUAUUAAUAGGAAAGUUUUUGUGCUAGUUUUUAAACCUUGCAUAGUAUUACAGAUGGAAAAAAAUGUGGACUCUAUGAGUUAUAAUCCUAACUAGAGGUAAAUAUCCCUCUUAUAAAUGGUGAAUUCGUACAUAGUGACUUGUCCAAGGCAAAUCUCCAAAGUAAUUCAGGUUUAAUACUUUGAUGCUAGACCUAGUUGUGCUCAACUUUUUACCUAUUAUUGCAGACACACUUUGUCUAUGCAUGAAGUUAAUUUGAUUUUGUGAAUUUACAAGUUUAAAAUUUUUGUAUAUUGUUUACGUAUUUGAAAAGCAGAGAGACAGAGGUCUCCCAUCUGCUGGAUCACUCCCAAAUGGCCCCAGCAGCAGGGGCUACACAAGGCUGAAACUGGGGGCCGAGAACUCAAUCUGGGUCUCAGUGUGGCUGGUGGGGACCCAACUCCUGGAACCAUCAGCUGCCUCCUAACCUGUGCUUCAGCAGGAAGCUGAAGCUGAGAGUGCAUUCAGACACAGCCAUUCCAGUGUGGGUUCGGUUGUCACACGUGGCAUCUUAACAGCUGUGCCAAAUGCCUCCCCCGAGAAUCUAAAUUUUUCCUCUUUAAACAAAAAAAAAGUUUUUAAUCAAAUUAAUUGUAAAGAUGUUACAGGGUAAGACAUUUUCUUUUCCAGAAACAACCAAUAUCCUUUAAGAAGAAUGAACUAAUAAAAAUAUGUAUAAUAGCAGUGUUUCCCAACAGGCAAUUUAUGCUUUAAAUUGAAAAAUAAGGUAAUUUUCUCAGGGGUAAAUGUUUACUGGUAUUCCCCUCCUACAGUGUAUGUUAAACUACUUAUCAUUCGAUUGUAAACUCCUUGAGAGUUGGCACCAUUUAAAAUUUUGUCUUUGUUUCCCCUUAGUAUUUAGCAAUAUUGUACAUAUGGUAAAUAAUAAAGAUUUUAAUGAGUGGAAAAUAUGGUCUUUAAUUAUACUUAAAACUAUUUCAAAGUGAGUACCUAUGGGAUUAUAAUAUUUCCCUUCCAGCUUAUUGAGAACCUGUGAAACACAACCCACACAGUUUUUUGUGUUUUUAAGAUUUAUUUAUUUGUGAGAGAGAGAGAGAGAGAGAGGUCUUCCAUCCACUGAUUCACUCCCCAAAUGGCCAGAGUCGGGCCAGUCUGAAGCCAGGAGCUUCAGGAUCUCCCACAUGGGUGCAGAGGCUCAAGCACUUGGGCUGUCUUCCACUGCCUUUCCAGCCCAUAAGCAGAGGAGCAGCUGGGACUCAAACCAGUGCCCAUAUAGGAUGCCAGAGCCACAGGGUGAGGCUUAGCCUAUUAUGCUAUAGCGCCGGCCCUGCCUUCUCAAUUUCAUAGGGAGAGUAUUGGCUUUGGUCAGGGAACACAUGGCUUCAGGAUCAAUCUUCAGUUUCCUUGUCUUAAAAAAAAAAAAAAAACGGGGCGUGGCCAGCGCCGUGGCUUACUAGGCUAAUCCUCCGCCUUGCGGCGCCGGCACACCGGGUUCUAGUCCCGGUCGGGGCGCCAGAUUCUGUCCCGGUUGCCCCUCUUCCAGGCCAGCUCUCUGCUGUGGCCAGGGAGUGCAGUGGAGGAUGGCCCAAGUGCUUGGGCCCUGCACCCCAUGGGAGACCAGGAAAAGCACCUGGCUCCUGGCUCCUGCCAUCGGAUCAGCGCAGUGCUGCGCCGGCUGCAGCACACCGGCCGCGGCGGUCAUUGGAGGGUGAACCAACGGCAAAGGAAGACCUUUCUCUCUGUCUCUCUCUCUCUCUCACUGUCCACUCUGCCUGUCCAAAAAAUAAAUAAAUAAAUAAAUAAAUAAAUAAAUAAAUAAAAACGGGGCUAAUAGCUAUUUUGGGUAUAUAAAGGAUCAUAUGAAAUAUGUGCAAAAUGUUUUACUUAUGUGAGAUACAAAAUAAUUAAAAUAUUCAUUAGUUAGAAAAGAAUUUUUUAAAUAUUUAUUUAUUUGAAAGAGAGAUCUUCCAUCGGCUUGUUCACUCCCCAAGUGGCCUCAAUGGCCAGGGCAGAGCCAGGCCGAAGGCAGGAGCUUCAUCCUGGUCUCCGAAAUGGGUGGCAGGGGUCUAAGCACUUGGACCAUCAGAAAGGACUUGGAUCAGAAGUGGAGCAGCCGGGACUUGAACCAGUGUCCAUAUGGGAUGCCAGCAUGACAGGUGGCAGUUUCACUUGCUACACCACAACACCAGCCCUUGUUAGAAAAAAAUUUUAAAUUUAUUUCAAAGGCAGAGAGAGAGAUCUUCCACCCACUGAUUUAAUUCCCCAGAUGCCCAUAAUACUCGAGAAAGGGACAGACUGAAAACAGGAGCUAGGAACUCAAUCUAGGUCUCCCAUGCUGAUGGGAGAGACCCAAAUACUUUAGACAUCGUUACCUGCUGCCUCCCAGGGUGCACCUUAGCAGGAAGCUAAAUUGAAAGUGGAAGUGAAACUGGAACCCGGGCACUCUAAUAUGGGAGGUGAGCUUCCCAAACAGUGACUUAAGUGCUACAUUCAAUGCCUGUCCUGAAGCCACUUUAUUUUAUUUUACUUUUUAAAUUUUAUUUAUUUGAAAGAGUUACAGAGAGAGGGGUAGAGACAGAGAGAUCUUCAUCCGCUGGUUCACUCCCCAGUUGGCCACAACGGCCGAAGCUGCGCCGAUCCGAAGCCAGGAGCUUCUUCCGGGUCUCCUGCAUGGUGCAGGGGCCCAAGGACUUGGGCCAUCUUCUGCUGCUUUCCCAGGCCAUAGCAGAGACCUGGAUUGGAAGUGGCACAGCCAGUACUUGAACAGCACCCAUAUGGGAUGCUGGCACUUAGGCCAGGAGCUCGGGGAAAUCACCACUUGCACAAUGUGUGGAACCAACCCUGCAGUUUGGGGUUGCAGGAGGAGAUGUGUCUCUCUUCAAGGAUGCUUGCUACCAACAAAACCAUGAGCAAAUGGCUCAGAUGGUCAGGGCUUUUUGGUUUUAUUCCAUAUAGAAAAAGAAUUUUUCAGGGCCAGCUCUGUGGUGCAGCAGGUUAAUACCCUGGCCUGAAGUGCCAGCAUCCCAUAUGGGCACAGGUUCUAGUCCUGGCUGCUCCACUUCCAAUCCAGCUUUCUGCUGUGGCCUGGGAAAGCAGUAGAAGAUGGCCCAAGUCUUUGGGCCCCUGCACCCACGUGAGAGACCUGGAGGAGGCUUCUGGCUCCUGGCUUCGGAUCAGCACAGCUCUGGCCAUUGCGGCCAUCUGGGGAAUGAACCAGCGGAUGGAAGACCCCUCUUUCUGUCUCUCUCUCUGCCUCUGCCUCUCUGUAAUUCUGCCUUUCAAAUAAAUAAAUAAAUCUUAGAAAAAAAAUGAAGAUAGAGUCAGAAAGACAAAAAGGGACAGAGAAGGAGGGAAUCUUGGAGGUCAUUGUAAAAACUUAGGGUUUUGUUUCUUUUUUUUUUUUUUUUUUUUUUUUUUUUUUAGUAAGAUGGGGAGCCACUGGCUCUUUCUGAGUAGGGUGGCAUGAUCUGAUAACUGAGGGUAUUGUGCUGCUAGGUGAGAAUGGCCUGUGGCAUGGACAAAAGCAGAAGAGUCAUUUCAGAGGCUUUUUAAAUUACCUACAUUGCAAAUCUGAGAUGUGUCCGAUUUUAAGACACUAGCAGCUUCUACUCUCUUUACCCUCUGAACACUCCUCAUGCCUCCAUGCCUAAUCUCCUUUUCCCUCCGUAGGUAAUGUCACCCUUUCCCAACAACAUCUGCAGAUGAAAAUUCCCAACUGCAUAACUCAACCUUAGCAUACUCCUUAGAGCUUCACCUUUUAAUGAUGAAUACAACUCCAGGGCAACACGCCCAAAGCCAAUCUUCCAUUUCCUUGCUUUCCCAUUGAGUAGCACUGCCAUCCCUCAGUUGCUCAAGUCAGAAACUUUGGAGAGGCCAGUGUUGUCACACAGCGAGUUAAGCUGCCACCUGCAACACUGGCAUCCCAUGUUAGAGCUCCAGUUUGACUUCUGAUCCAACUCCCUGCUAAUGCACCUGGGAAAGCAAUGAAGAUGGCCCAAGUGCUUGGCUCCUGCCCCCACAUGGGAGACCUGGAUGGAGUUUUAGGUUUCUGGCUUCAGCCUGGCCUAGCCCUGGGUAUGCAUCCAUUUAGGAAGUGAACCAGCAGAUGGAUGAUUUCUCUCUCUCUCUCUCUCUCUCUCUCUCUCUCUCUCUCUCUCAUCUUGCCUUUGAGAGAGAGAGAGAGAGAAACUGACUUAUUAUGACUUAUUGAAAAAAAGAAACCUGGGAGUUGCCAUCCUUGUUGACUGCUUCAUUUUCCUCUUGUACCCCAGUUGUCAAUGAGUCCUGUUGUAAAUCCUGCUGCAGUGUUUCUAUAAUCAGACCACUUCUUUCUGAGUCCACUGCCCUAUUCUAGUCUAAAUCAUUGACACCUCUCACUUUGAUCAGUGGAAUCCAGCCUUUUACGAGUGUGUACCCUUUGAGGAAAAGAAAUUUGAGCAUGCGCCUCCAAUUUUUAAAAUUUUUAUAUCAUUUGGGGCCGGCGCCGCGGCUCACUAGGCUAAUCCUCCGCCUUGCGGCGCCGGCACACCGGGUUCUAGUCCCGGUCGGGGCGCCAGAUUCUGUCCCAGUUGCCCCUCUUCCAGGCCAGCUCUCUGCUGUGGCCAGGGAGUGCAGUGGAGAGUGGCCCAAGUACUUGGGCCCUGCACCCCAUGGGAGACCAGGAGAAGCACCUGGCUCCUGGCUCCUGCCAUCGGAUCAGCGCGGUGCGCCGCACUAGCUGCGGUGGCCAUUGGAGGGUGAACCAACGGCAAAGGAAGACCUUUCUCUCUGUCUCUCUCUCUCUCUCACUGUCCACUCUGCCUGUCAAAAAAUAAAAAAUAAAAUAAAAAGAUAAAAAAAAAUUUUAUAUCAUUUGAAUGUAAAUAUGUUUUAUAUUUUAUAUCAUUUAUUUUGUAUUCUCAUAUAAAUGUAUAUUUAUGAUAUAUGUCUGCUGCUGUGGUAACAUGAUGUGCAUUAUAAAGCAUGUACAAAAAUAUUUAUAAGGAUAUUAGCAUAGUAACAUUAUCUUAUAAGUAAUCUUAAAAAUAGAAUAAUCAUAUAAAAGCUCCUGCUGCAUCAGAAGGGGAGUGACUGUGCUUCUCUGGAAAUGUUGGUCUAAUGCUUUGUGGUGAAGCAGUUUGAAGGAUUUGCUCUGAGUUGAGUGUGUCUCCACGACGGGCUUGAAUGUCUGUCAUGCUGAGAAGAUACCCCACGGGGUCAGUGUUCAAGAUCCAAUAUUCACAUAUGAAGAGCUUAGUGUUCAUUGCGGUGGAUGCAAACCCUGAUUUCAAUAUUCUUCUUAUAAUUUUGAAUACUUUUUGACUUGGUUCAAAGUAAGACUUGAUCAGAUCGCUGCUGUUUUUGUCUCCUGAUGUGGCUGAUUAAGAGCUCAUACCGGCUAUGAAAUACUUGCUCGUUGCCUAGUGCUUGUGUUAAUAGUAUUAUCCUCAAACUGAGGUUUCUUUGCAGGAUUUUCUUUUUAAGCCACUUGUACAUUUUGUGAGGACUGGUUUUGGAAAGCUGCUGAUAUAAUCUGUGAAGUUUACUGACACGCACAACCUGAGGCGCAUGGCAAAGUUCCACACAAACGAACCUGAAGGACCCUGUCCCAGUGUGACACCUGGCUGUCUGCAGAGUGGAUCACGUGAGCAGCCAGUGACGAUCCACAUAGUAAAAUGGCAGAACCUUUUCAGACUUCUCUUUUAGAUGAGAUUGUUAGGAACUUUCUGGAAAGAGUUUCUUACUCCCUUCGCACUUGUCUUUGGAAAUGACUGGUCAGGGCCCCUGCAGCUGAUUCCCACCUGCUUUCCCUGCUUCCCCUGUGGCCCAGGCAGGCAGUAUGGACAGAGGGAAGUGCAACUGCAGGAAUGUGGCUGCCAACGCAAGAGAAUGAAGGGCCCGCGCUCCACGUCAGGAAGUGCACGCAUAUCAUCAAACUUGCCAACGAGCUCAGUUCACAGGAGGACUGGGUGGAGGCAGGGUGAACCAGAAUUCCCCACUCCAUCGCCAACCCCAGUAUCGGAUGAUCUUUGUGGAUUUGGGCAAGGGAAAAAAGGAUGCUUUUGCUGUCAUUCAAGGUCACAGAUGUUUUGGGAUGUGACCCAGGCAGUGGGGAGAAUGAAAGCAAAACAACAAGAUGAGAAAAUGUGUGAAAGGGAACAAGAUUUCUUUGUGCAGAUCAAAUACAGGGCUUCAGAGGAACACAGCACUCAUGCUUGGGUUGGAGGUGUGUCUGGUUCCUGCUCUGGGAGAAAGCCAGAGUGGAAUGGAAGUCUCGCUGCCAUCCAAGGAUCCAGAGCUUGCCCUGCCUAAAGGGAUGGGGCUGGGGGCAGGGAACAAGCAACCCUUGAGCUCUAUGCCUCUGCAGAGCCUGCAGCUAUGGGCUCCAGGGCUCAAGAAAAGAACUGCUUUUCCUGAGAAUUUGGAGGAUGCAAAAUUUACAAGACACAAGGAAGAAGGGGAGAAGGGGUGUGUUAUUUUUGUUAGGAGGAUUGAUUUUCCUUGGGUCAAAGGAGAUAUAGUGGGCAAGGGAGACAGAAAAUAGGGAGAGGCUGAAGAGGGGUCUUUGGGAAACAGAGUUCAGGACGAACAGCCUCCAUGUCCUUGCCUUAAGGCAUCCGAGAGCAGGGCUCAGGGCCUGAUUUUCCAGUCUGUGCUCUCCUCAGAAAAAAACUCUCAAAACCUUCCCAGGGCUCUUUCGUGUUUUGUUCUCUGUAAUCUGUAAUCUGUAGACACUUGCCAGAGUUCCUGAGUUGCCUAAUUUAGUUCUUCCUCUUUUUAAUUUACUCAAGAGAGAGAGAACCCCCAUCUGCUGGUUUACUCUCCAAAUGCCCACAACAGCCAGGGGCUGGAGCCAGGAGCAGGAAUACAAUCCAGAUCUCCCAUAUGGCUGGCAGGAACUCAAUUACUUGAGCCAUGACUGCUGCCUUCCAGGGUCUAUGUUAGAGGACAGUUGGAGCCAAGGGCCAGAGGCUGGUACUGAACUGAGAUACUCGGACCCUGGAUGCAGGUAUCUCCACUACUCAGCUAAAUGACUCUCUCUGUCUCUCUCUCUGUCUCUCUCUUUGUCUCUCUCUCUCCUCUCUCUUCUCUCUCAAGUGACAUGAUGGAAUUUUCAGGAAAGCAUGACACCUAGAGAUCAAAGACAUUCCGUUGCCCUAUCUUCUCUACAUAUAAUUUACUAGUCAAUGUUCAGAUGUCACCACCUGGCAGUAGUAUCCUUUGUCUCUGACUGUGUGAGCAGACCCAGCUCCUCAGCUCCCACAAGCACACCUUUCAGGGUGGGCACAGCAGAUCCUGCCAGUCUACAGCACGCUCAGCUGCAAGGCCCUGCCAAAGAUUGCCAGGGAUGGUCGCCCCAAUCCCUCCCUUCCCUCCAGGCCGAGUCAACGGCAGGGUCCCCUCUGGAAGCAGCAUGCCAGCAGGGUUUUCGGACAAAGCUUUCCCACCUAUCUUUGUAAUUACACCUAUCUUUGUAAUUCCUCUCUGAGGAAGGUCCUCCCAGAUCCCAGUGUGACUUCCUAAAGAACAACCACAGCUUAAUUUGUGAAUCUCUUUUACAUCCCUAGAGGAGGGAAGAUUCCUGAUCUUACGGAAGGCAUAGCGACGUCAGCAAAGAGGGAGAACAGACCCAGGGUUGCAGGUUCUACUGCAGCUCCCUCUUUGUGGAUCCCUGGACAUCCAUAAACAGCUUACAAGUGGAGAUGGUGGCCGAUGUGAACAAACAGGGAGCUGAUCCCUCACUCUUCAGAGUGGCUAGGGACAAACCAAAGUUCAGAAGAGGGAGGAACUUGCUGGGUUCCAUAAGAGCGAGACAUGACGGCCACGGCAUCUCAGGUGCACAGGAAGACAAUCAGAGAUCUAGACUGUAAUUGUUCUAACCAGGAAGACAAUCAGAGAUCUAGACUGUAAUUGUUCUGUAAAGUAUUAUAAUCUGAAAGCUGUAAAGUAUCCCCAACCCAGGUGACAGCGUUUACUCACACAGAAAGUAUUUUUCAGAAUAGAGGAUGGUUUUAACCACAUAUUGGGAACUGACAGUGCAACUCUCUAGAAGAAUCCAAGUCUUACAAAAGAGCGAGGGAAAUGGUAAGAGAGGAGGGGAGGGCACACCACCUGGGACCAAGGCAUUCAGUAGCUCAAGAGUAAGUGGGUGUCAGUCAAAAAUCUGCUAAGGGGCCGGCACUGCAGAGUAGCAGGUAAAGCCACCACCUGAGGCGCCAGCAUCCUGUAUGGGCGUUGGUUGAUUCCUGGCUGCUCCAUUUCUGAUCCAGCUCCCUGCUAACAUGCCUGGGAAAGCAGUGGAGGAUGGCCCAAGUGCUUGGGCCCCUGCACUCAUGUGGGAGACCCUAAGAGAGCUCCUGGUUCCUGCCUUCAGCCUGUCCCAUCUGGGGAGUGAACUAGCAGAUAGAAGCUCUCUCACUCUCUGUCUCUCCCUCUCUUUCUAUAACUCUGACUUUUAAAUAUAUAAAUAAAUCUUAAAAAAAAAAAAAAACCUGGUCAAACUGAUAAAGGGCAGAAGAGUUCAAAGUGCAAACUGUCAGGAGCCUAGGAACCCAGGGAAGAUGGGUUAAGUUCUGGAUGAACUCCAGGUGAUUUCCAGCAGAGAAACCAGUUCCCAAAGCCUUCAUCGUCAAACAUUGGGUGCCAGGGAUCAGUGACAUCAGGAAAGAAAGAGGAAAGUUCUGGGGCAGGCGCUGUGGCAUAGUGGGUAAAGCUGCUGCCUGCACUGCCGGCAUCCCAUAUGGGCGCCGGUUUGAGACUCGGCUGCUACACUUCAGAUCCAGCUCUCUGCUGUGGCCUGGGAAAGCAGUAGAAGAUGGCCCAAGUGCUUGGGUCCCUGCACCCAUGUGGGAGACCCGGAAGAAGCUCCUGGCUCCUGGUUUCAGAUCGGCACAGCUCCGGCCGUUGCAGCCAGUUGGGGAGUGAACCAAGCAGAUGGAAGACCUCGCUCUCUCGCGCUCUCUCUCUCUCUCUGUGUAACUCCAACUUUCAAAUAAAUAAAAUAAA